GUGUCGCUGGUGGUGAACGUGGCCAGUGACUGUGGCCUCACCAAGAGGAACUACGAGGAGCUAGCAUUGCUGCACAACCGCUUCGCUGCUCGUGGCUUCCAAGUGCUCGCCUUCCCCUGCAACCAGUUCGGCAACCAAGAACCCAGGUCCAACAGUGACAUCCUGUCCUUCGCCCGCACGAACCACUCUGCACCAUUCCGCAUCUUCGCCAAGACGCUGGUGAACGCGCCGCUGGAGUGCUCGGGCACGGAGGCUGCAUGUUCUGCCAGCACGACGAGCUGCUGCCCGUCCAACAGCCUUGUCUUUGACCUGCUCAAGCAGCACUUCCCAGGAGACAUCGAGUGGAACUUUGCCAAGUUUCUGGUGGGCAAGGACGGCAUCACCAUCCGCCGCUAUGCGCCCACGGUGAAUCCGCUAGACAUUGCGCCGCACAUUGAAGCAGCCCUCGCUGCUCCCACUCCCCGCUCACACGCCCACAGCUGGUGGGGCUUUGGUGAUGGCAAGGACGAGGGGCAUGCAGAUAUGCUGUGA